AAGUUAAUUGGCACACUUUCUACCAUGGAGACUAUCAGAGAAACUUUACCUCCAGAUGGGAGUGAAAGCCUUUGUCCAGACCCUCAGUCUGCAGCUGCAAUGGCCCCAGGCUGGACCUACUUCCACAAACCCAUUACUGCGAUAGUGAUGGGAGCUUUGAUGUCUGCCACAGGUUCGCUUCUCUUCCUCAUCCAGCCGUCGGGGGUGACUGAUGCAUCCCGCUCUGUGGCCUCGGCCUGCCUGUCUAUAGGGCUGAUGUUUGUGGUGGUGGGGCUGGUGUGGAUCCCCAUUCUGAAAGAGAAGCACAGGCGGCAGCGAUUCAGCCAGGGGGCUUGAAGAGAAGAUGGGAAUAACUUUUUCAUGUGGAAAUGGAAAUGCUAUUUUUGUCAGUGAUGAUGCAACUGAAACAUCCAAUACAGUCAAGCUGGUGUGGUGCUUCCUGAUAACAGCUCGUGAAGGCUGGACUUUGACCAGUGUCAGAGCAACUUGUUUCAUGUGAGGACUCCACUUCAUAUUCCUGCAGUACUUGCUUCUACUUCUACUUUGGGGGCUCUCCACUAUCAUCAUGUCAACUGUACAAGAAGACCCAGCCACUGAGAAGAGGUAUGGAGGAGUUGGUCGGUGCAAGUGCUCAUUCUGGUUUGCUGUGGCCCACGACAUACUUGGUGUCUUCAUCAUAUUGGUGGGGGUGUUUGGAGGGCUGGUUGUCCAUGACUUGUUUGUCUAUUCCGGGGCCAUUAUCAUCUUCUUCAGCCUGAUCUGGUGGGUGUUCUGGUACACGGGCAACAUUGAUGUGUCACCCAAUGAGCUAGAGGAUGAUGUGGGCCUGAUCAAGGUGAAGAAAAGUGGACUCAGCCAGGUUGUGCGGCGGGUUUCUGACCGCCUCUCCAACGGCAUCAGGAACUCUUUCAGAAAGAAAGGUCAAUCUGUCAGAGAGGAACCUGCAGGCCACAACAGACCUUCAAACACCAGUACAGAUGUGUCACUCUCCACUAUACACGACAGCACCAACGCUUCCUCCUCAAAAACAUUUUUGCGGGAGACCUUGUCAGUAUGAACUAGCACAUAAAAGACUUGGAUCUUUAUUUUUGUUCCAUUUUGAAUUUAUUGAAAGUGAUGUACUGUUUGCUCUGCACUGGUAAUGAUUAGACAACAUUGAAGUCUCAUCUUGAUAAGGUCUGCAUGCUUGUGUGUUGCUGAUAAGGAAGAAACUUUGCACACAAUAACAAUGUUUCACCGACACCUUUAGAGAUUUAAAGGAAGACCAUUGUAACUGUAAAUCAAAAAGAGGAUUAUAAUGA